GCGCUCAUUGUCCUUGAGUCUCUGCUGUGUUAUGCUACCCUACUAAGCCAUUUCCUUACUCUCAUCUCUACCGCUGAGACACCUCCGGUUCCGAUUCUAACACUCGUUCAUUACGCCCUUUUCGUUCCUUCACCCACCGUUCAGACCGUCCAGGGAGCGGUUACUCUGGCCAUUCCGACCCCACUCGACCCCGCGCAUCGUCCAACGCGAAUAGUGCUUCCGGCUAUCCGAACAAUAACCUCAAUUCAUCCUCUGGAUCUGUCGGCGCAGGAAACCCCAUGGCGGCCGUGGACGUGGACCGCAGCCGGACGCGGCGCGAGAGGACCUUUGUGGGCAGUGAUUGCGCCGUGUGUGACGAGCCCUUAGAGCAUACCCUGCGCGGAGAGCGAGUUCUGCAAUUCUCCUGCGCUCACGUAUCACAUGAGGCCUGCUUCUAUGAGUUUAUUCGGGAAUGCGAGGGCCAGUACUGCCCUACAUGCGAUGCGCCGCUAGGCUUGGACACUAGUCGGGGAGGCAAUGUGCUCGAUCUUGAAAAACUAAGCAACAUUGUCCGCUCGGUGACCAGCGACGCAGCUACGCAACGAAGUGGUUAUACGACCCCUACGCCAUGGGAUUCGAACUCAGCUCCCGGACGUCGUCCCAGUGAUGCAGGAAGUCGCCCCAACACCAACCGCGAGAGUCGGGACAUGUAUGUCCGUCGAGAUAGCAGAGACACUGGCAGCCAUCGCGAUCGUGUCGAACGUCUCACCCAGGGCUCCCGUCAACAACAUUCACGAAACGGCAGUGCCGCCGGGUCGUCCGCGGACUACAAUGAUCCGCAACAGUCGGCCAAUGUCAGACGGCAUGACUACGACGUGCAAGCCAUGGAGUCCGACAUCAGCCCCCGUCCACCUAUCACGAAAAACCCAAUCCCGGCACCGACGGUGACCAUUCGCAGCGAAUUCCCCACUCUCAGUCGUUCCCGCCAACAGCAGGCCCUGACCUGUCUAAUCACCGUCGAAGUGCCCGAGGGUAGCUGGCGUCCAGACGACGAUGACUUGCGUCAUACAGAAAACGCGACGCCGCAACCACCGGACGAGAUAUUGAGCGCCAUGCGGUUCCCUACCGUUCAAGAGCCUCGACAGAUUCCUUUCGAACCGCAGGAGAAUCUGGACGAACUUGCGGAGCAAUUGCGUAAGAAGGUGGACAAUUGGCAUGGAUUGGAAUUCCAACGAUUUGGCAAGCUUAGAUUGCAUGGCCAGAUGAGCGUGGGCAAGGAUCGUCAAUCUUGGCAGGAGCUGGAAUGCUAUCUGUUUGGUGAGAUGCUCAUCUGUGUGAAGGAAAAGAAAAGCAACCCCCGUCGUCACCCGGAUGAGGAGCCUGCCAAAGCGAAAUCUACGAGGUCAACACUGAAGGGUUCAAUUUUGAUCAAGAAGCACCUUCAGAGCAUGGAGGUCUCGCCAGAUGACCUCGUCCUGGCUUUGAACUUGUCUGUGGCUGAGCUUCCUUGCUUUUACCUUCGCUUCCCUACCCGGAAACAGCUUGACAUCUGGCGCCGGGCCCUCAUAGAUUUGCAUCCAGUGGAUGGCAUGUCCCGAAACGGCGACUUUGACUUGGACAAUUCUGGUGCCGAGGAAGAAGAAUACCGAGCCAGUCAGAUCAAGCGCCAGGCUUCUCUGAAUUCGUCCCACGGAGGAGCUCGCUCUAACAACACGGCUAUCACCGAUUAUACCAAUGCCGGCAUGGAGAGCCCAUAUCAAUCCUCAUUUCACAUCCCUCUUGACCUUGUGGUCGUGAUACCGGUCUCUUCGUCCAUGCAAGGACUGAAGAUUACGCUGCUCCGCGAUGCUCUCAAGUUUCUUGUACAGAACCUAGGCCCCCGCGAUCGUAUGGGGUUGGUAACCUUUGGCUCGAGUGGUGGAGGGGUGCCUCUCGUCGGCAUGACUACCAAAAACUGGGGUGGUUGGAGCAAGAUUCUUGACUCUAUCCGCCCGGUGGGCCAGAAGAGUCUUCGUGCCGAUGUCGUUGAAGGUGCUAAUGUGGCCAUGGACUUGCUUAUGCAGCGCAAGUCGGCCAACCCUGUCUCCUCUAUCCUUCUGAUCAGCGAUUCCUCCACGUCCGAUCCAGAGAGUGUCGAUUUCGUUGUUUCCCGCGCGGAGGCCGCCAACAUUCACUCCUUCGGUCUCGGCUUGACCCACAAACCGGACACGAUGAUCGAACUGUCAACUCGCACCAAAGGCUCAUACCUCUAUGUCAAGGACUGGAUGAUGCUUCGUGAGUGCGUGGCUGGCUGCUUGGGUUCACUACAAACCACUUCGCACCAAAAUGUCAAGCUCAAGCUUCGUUUACCCGAAGGGUCUCCGGCCAAGUUCGUUAAGAUCAGCGGCGCUCUUCACACCACGAAACGCGCUACGGGGCGGGAUGCGGAGGCUGCUCUUGGAGAUCUCCGCUUUGGAGACAAGCGCGAUAUUCUCGUUCAACUCGUGAUCCCCCCGGACAACUCGAGUCAGGAAAACCUGCCCCAAGAUGCUUGGGAGAGUCUAGUGUCUGGACUCGAGGCACUUGGAGGUGUAUCGGACACUGAUGACCAGCGUGUGUCCAGUGUGGAGGAGGUCCCAUUGAUCCAGGCAGAUCUGACUUAUGGUGACCUUCUGAGGGACGGCCAUCUCACCCAUUCUCCCCGACCUUCGCUGCUGGCCAUUACCAUGCUUCCUCCGAACCCGAAAGCCAAGCCUGGCCGUCCCUCUAGCCCCCCUAUUCCACCUCUUCCGUCCAUUGUUCAGCGACGCAUGGAGCUACUGACGUCCGAUAUGCUAACCAGAGCACUAAUUCUCGUGUCGCGUGGGCAGCAUGAUCGCGCACAACAUCUUUUGACUGAGACUCGCAGUAUCCUGAAGGGUCUUGGUAAGGGUAGCCUGCCUCCUCUUCCUCCUGGGGCGAAGCCCUCUGGCACUAGUGACUCUGGUAGCCGAGGUGGAACCCCCACAUCGUCCUCAUACGAUGGCCACUCCGGAUCUUCAGACACGGCAACUAUCACGCCAGGAGCUGGGGUUGACGCGCAGACCAUGACCGCCUUGGACGCAGACCUGAAGGCUGCUCUGGAGUGGAUCAACCACCCAGCUGUUUUCUCGCGCGACUCCCGCAAGGCUGUUCUGCAGGGAAUUGGCGUGAUCUCCUCGCAGCGUGGCUACACCUUCCGCUCCCCUGCUGAAGCUCACUGGGCACAGCGCGUGGCUGGGGUCCGCCGCCUGACUGACCGUUCCAAAGAAUGGCGGGAGACCGGCGACGACGCUCUGAUGGAAGAAUGAAUUGUUUUUCCUCUUUUACACAUUGCCCUUCCACCUAUUAUCGGGGUUGGCCUAUCUGUUUUGAUUUUCGCUUCUGUUCCUGCCACUUAUGAUACCACUCUGUUCACCACGACUGUGCGACAUGAUAC